AUGACAGAGGCAACACACUGCAAAUUGUGGCUCCCCAAGAAGAGGAGAUUUUGUGCUAAUUCCCCUCUCCUCGAUUCUCUAUUCUGCGGGAACCACACGCAGAGAUCCGACGCACAGUGGAUUCCAGCCCCAAUCGAUCCUUCUCAUUCCGUGCUUGAGGAUAAUCUCGAGACUCACUUAAACCGAUGCUCGUUGCUGAAACAAACACAAUCCCUCUCUCGCCAACCCUUCUAUCAGAAUGGGAUUAAUGCCGGAUCAGACGAUGAUGCCCGAGAAGAAGAGAAAUCGAAAUCUGAUUUUGGUUUUACAUCGGAGAUGAAAAGGAAUGCCGUCUAUUCAAUGGAUGAAAUUACAGAUCGUGAAUUGAUGAAAUUGCAAAACGAUCGUGAAUUGAGUAAGCAAAAUUGUCCGGCGAUGGAGAUAAAUGAAGAUUUAAGGAGAUUACAGGAAGAAGAUUGA